GAGCGAGCAGGCGGCCGGGGAGCCGGUCCGUGCGGCCCGCGGAGCAGCGCGCGCCUGGGCCGGGCCGGCGAGGAGCCGGCGGCCGGCGGCCAUGGGGGCGCCUCCCGCUCGCCCCGCGCCCUAGCGGCGGCCGCGGCGGCCCAGGGCCGAGGCGAGAGCGGCCGCCCGAGGCCCCGGGCUGCCCUCGUCCGGGACGUGCUGUGAUGGCCGCUGAGAAGACGCUGCAAGAAUACGGGGUGCUUUGCAUUCAGGAAUACAGAAAAAGCAGCAAAGUGGAGUCAAGUACACGGAACAGCUUCAUGGGCUUGAAGGAUCAUCUUGGGCACGACCUAGGCCACCUUUGUGUGGAGAGCACUGACCCACAUUUCAGCACAUCUGUACCUUGGUCAAUGGUAGAAAAACCAACAAUGGAUAAAGUUAAUUCCGGGAAGGAAGAAAAGGAGGUGUCUGAAGAGAAUGCGAGCUCCGGUGACUCUGAAGAAAGCACAAAUUCUGAUCAUGAGUCAGAACAAUUGAGUAGCAUUUCAGUAGAGCCAUGCUUAUUAACCAAGACUCACAGACAACUAUGUAGGUCUCCCUGUUUAGAGCCUCAUGUCCUCAAAGGCAGUGAAAUCUUACAAGACUUGAAAUCCGAAGAGCCCCAGACUACAUCCAAGGAAGUGAAGAAACCUCCUGAUGUGGUGCGAGAAUACCAAACAAAACUGGAGUUUGCACUUAAGUUAGGUUAUUCUGAAGAACAAGUUCAGCUUGUGCUGAACAAACUUGGUACCGACGCUUUAAUCAAUGAUAUUUUGGGAGAACUUGUCAAACUUGGAAAUAAAAGUGAGGCCGAACAAACAGUUAGUACAGUUAACAGUAUAAUGCGGGAAGCGUCUUCCCUGGAAUCGCAGCGGUCUGAUUCUCCAAUGCAAGAGAGUGUAAGUGAUGAUGGAGAAAACCUGAGACCUAUAGUUAUUGAUGGCAGCAACGUGGCAAUGAGCCACGGAAACAAAGAAGUAUUUUCCUGCCGAGGAAUAAAACUGGCAGUGGAUUGGUUUUUGGAAAGAGGCCACAGAGAUAUCACUGUUUUUGUUCCUGCUUGGAGAAAAGAGCAGUCCCGGCCUGAUGCUCUCAUAACAGAUCAAGAGAUUCUUCGUAAAUUAGAGAAGGAGAAAAUCCUGGUGUUUACUCCGUCCCGGCGAGUCCAGGGCAGGCGCGUGGUGUGCUACGAUGACAGGUUCAUCGUGAAGCUGGCUUUCGAGUCCGACGGAAUAAUUGUGUCCAAUGAUAACUACAGGGAUUUGGCUAAUGAGAAACCAGAGUGGAAGAAGUUCAUAGAUGAGCGAUUAUUAAUGUAUUCAUUUGUCAAUGACAAGUUCAUGCCCCCUGAUGACCCUCUUGGCAGGCACGGUCCGAGCCUGGACAAUUUUCUGAGGAAGAAACCUAUUGUUCCCGAACACAAGAAGCAGCCUUGCCCAUAUGGAAAGAAGUGCACCUAUGGGCACAAGUGCAAAUAUUACCAUCCGGAAAGGGGCAGUCAGCCCCAGCGGUCAGUGGCCGAUGAACUUCGUGCCAUGUCAAGAAACACGGCUGCCAAGACUGCAAACGAAGGAGGACUGGUGAAAAGCAACAGCGUCCCCUGCAGCACCAAGGCUGACAGCUCUGCCGACGGCAAGCGAGGCGCCCCAAAGAGGCAGUCGGACCCCAGCAUCAGGACUCAGGCCUACCCAGACCUAGAGGAAAAGCUUCCCACCAAAAACAAAUUGGAAACCAGGUCUGUACCCUCCUUAGUGAGUAUACCGGCUACUUCUACUGCAAAACCCCAAAGCACUACAUCUUUAAGCAAUGGCCUUCCAUCUGGAGUUCAUUUCCCACCUCAGGAUCAAAGACCACAGGGACAAUAUCCUCCAAUAAUGAUGACAACCAAAAAUCAUGGAACGCCAAUGCCUUAUGAACAGUACCCCAAAUGUGACUCCCCUGUUGACAUUGGGUAUUAUUCCAUGUUGAAUGCAUAUUCAAAUCUGAGUAUCUCAGGCCCACGAAGUCCUGAAAGGCGUUUUUCCUUGGACACAGAUUAUAGGAUCAGCUCUGUAGCCUCUGACUGCAGCAGUGACGGGAGCAUGAGCUGUGGGAGCAGUGACUCGUACGUGGGCUACAACGACCGGUCCUACGUCAGUUCUCCAGACCCACAACUAGAAGAGAACUUCAAGUGUCAGCAUAUGUACCCUCACAGCCGCCUUAAUUCCCAACCCUUCCUGCAGAAUUUCCACGACCCCUUAACCAGAGUGCAAAGUUACAGUCACGAAGAACCAAAGUACCAUCACAAGCCUCCUCUUCCACAUCUGGCUAUGCAUCUGCAGCAUCCAGCUGUGGGAGCCCGGUCCAGUUGUCCUGGCGAGUACCCCUCUCCUCCGAGUUCGGCACACAAGGCACCACACCUGGGGCGGUCCUUAGUGGCCACGAGACUAGACAGCAUUUCUGACUCUCGGCUGUAUGACAGUUCCCCUUCAAGACAGAGAAAGCCUUACUCCCGCCAGGAGGGGCUGGGGAGCUGGGACAGGCAGGGGUACGGGGUUGACGCGUAUGGCUAUCGGCAGACCUACUCCUUGCCUGACAGCUCCACUCAGCCGUGCUAUGAGCAGUUCACCUUCCAGAGCCUCCCUGAGCCGCAGGAGCCCACCUGGCGAAUACCGUACUGCGGGCUGCCUCAGGAUCCCCCAAGGUAUCCGGACAACCGAGAGAAGAUUUAUAUCAACUUGUGCAACAUCUUCCCACCUGACCUUGUGAGAAUUGUCAUGAAAAGGAACCCUCACGUGACAGAUGCCCAGCAGCUAGCCGCAGCCAUUUUAGUGGAGAAAUCGCAGCUGGGCUAUUGAAAGAUGAUGCAUCUUUGUGGUGUUUAGUAGUUUUUUGUUCAGCUCAAAUGCUGAGGGAGGUUUGCUACAAUAGCACAUGUGAUCUCCUUCUCAGCAAGGAGGUUAUAUAGUAUCCAUUUAUGUGAAAUACUGUAUCAUGGAAUCUGUAUGUAUAGCCCCACAUAGUGGAAGUAUCACGGGAUUGCUUUACAUUCAAACGUUUUUUUAACAUUUCCUUUUUAAAGCUAUAUCCUUGGCUGGAAAUUUUUCCAGUUUGAUUUAUUAGAUGUGAUCUUUGAUAUUAAUCUUUGGUGCAUCAGGGGUUUAUAUGCAGCACUUUUUAUCCUUAUUUCAUGUUUUAUUAACUUGGUGUUUCUCUAUCAAUUGCAAGCAAUUACAAUACCUUCAGAAUGUUGAACAUUUGACUAAACCUAGCAAACUAUUUUUUCAAGCCAAGCUUAAUUGAAUCUUUUACAGCUUUUUAAGUUAUUUUUAUUUGGGGAAAGUGGGCUUCUUUGUGCUAUAAUCAUUAUUUAUAGAAACAAAGAUAUACUACAGCACUGACUAUAUUUUAAACAAAUGUAAGUUACCAGUUUAUGUUGAAAUGGGUAACAGUAUAUACUAGAAUGAUUUACAAUAUGGCACUUUUUAUUGUUUUAUUUUUGUUCAGAUUUUUUAGUCUGUUACAUAAUUAGUUAAUUUAAUAUGGCAGAUUUAAAGGAAAGCAGAUGCAAUCAAUGGGAAAAAAAAUGUUUCCAUUUUUAUUUUAUGAAUAAGGCAAAAGCCGUAACUGUUACAGUUUAGAGCUUUGCUAUCCAGCUGUGAUGUGCUUCUAGAUAGUAGAAAUGGAAUUGAAUUCCUAGAUUUUCAUUGACCUGUAUUUUUAAUGUGUUUGUCUUUUUGUUUGGGGGCACAACAAUACUGGAUAAAGUAACCCUUUCGCAGUACUUGCCUGUUUUUAAUGAAUCUAAUUAUUCUCAAUGCAACUUUUAUAUUUAAUAUACUCUCUAGCUUUCCUGCUGUUUAUCAAGGCUGGCCUGAGGUGGUUUUAUGUGUUGAGAAUAUGCAACACUUAUUGAUACUGCACUAUGGAAAUGGCGAUGGAGGAGUUGUAAAUGGUAACUUAACAUUUUUGUAAGAUACUGUAUAUUUUCCAUUUUCCUGAAGGUUGUUUUAUGGGGGAGGGGGGUUAUUAUAUUAUUAAGGCCAGAUUCUUGCCACAAAUAGUGUAGUUUUAGAUACAGACUAAAGUCUGUUUUAGUAUUAGUAAGGGAUAUUUCUGGUUUCAAAGUCAUGGGUUUUGCUAGAUGCUAAUUCAUUUUCAUCGGUUAGAAGGUAGAUACUGCAAUCAAUGGCAGACAGUUGUGUGAUUGGCAUGACUUCCCUGUUGCCUCCAGUGUUUGAAUUUUCCGUAGUGUGAUGACUCGUUCCGAUCUGUGUCCUCAGUCUGCCGGGAUGCCCUGGGUGUUCUGAUUACUCCACAUGCUACAGUUCGAAGUAAAGCCCUGAAAAACCAGAAAGUACCUUUUACUGUUGAUACAAAUUGUAUCUUUUUAACUAUAAGAACUUUUUGAUUUGUAGAUCUAGUUAAAACACAAAAGUGUAACAUGAUUAGACUUUUGGGCAACAUUUUAUCCCUUAUUUAAAUACAAAUUUUUUACGUAAAAUUGAGGUCUAGAAUAGGGUAGAAAAUUCAAGUAACAAUUUAGGUAAAUAAAAGUGUCUGUCCUAGUUUUAUAUAAUAUAUUAAAGUAUAUUAAAUAAAUUUAUUGGCAUUUUCUUUCUCCUAAAACAUCUAGUGUGAACUUAAAAUAAAGGUAAAAUGCUGCCUGAAAAUAAUGUCCAAGCACCUUUGACUAGGAUAACAUUUUCACUACUUGUGUGACACUGUGUGUUGCAUGAAGUAGGGUUUGGGUAUACAGUAAAUGCUUCUAAAAGGCAUUGUGCAUAUUGACAUAUCCAAUAAUCUGAACCGUGUUCAGCAAACUUAAUUCAGGAAAGUGGUGUUCUACACAGUCAUUGCUGUUGUUGUUGAAGCAAGUGUGGCUGUCAUCUGUAACUAGAAAGAAUACGGAGGAAGCCGCACACCAUUCUGGGUGGUGUCUGCCUGAGCGCCCCACUCGCCUGUGAACCUGUUCUCCUUAUUUCAUGGGUCACUAUCUGUAGGACAAGCUUAAAUGUAGAGGCGAAACCAGUGCCAAAAAUAGGGUUACAAAUGCAUAGUACCUUUUAUGUUAGUCAUAUUCCAAGUCUUUUUUUUUUUAAGUGUGAAAUCACUUUUAAAAUGUACAUGUUGUUUUUGCUUCCAUUUUCUUAACUUUAGUAUCUUAGUUGUUUGGAGAUUCUGGCAAACAUGACUAAAUUUAUUUAAGUGAGAUUUUAGGUGAAAUGUAUAUCACACCUUUAAUUUUGCCUUCUAAAUGUUUUUAGUUAACAAUCUGGUUGCUUCAUGGAUUUUAGACUAUGGGGGGUGGGGGGCUUGCCUCGCCUGUCCUGAGUGGAGAGCUCUGAGCUGCCCACACUGGAACCCUUCAGUGUGACUGCAAGUUAAGAUACAGGCAUUUUCUUAUGACAAGAGGACAAUUUGCCGCCCCAUCCUCCCCCCUUUUAUUGAAGCACCAGUGUUGCUUUCAGAGCUUAAGAAUCAGGUAUUUGGCAGACUUUAGAUACAUCCAGUUCUUAAUUAUCUAAAGCAAUAUGUAAAAGGAUCCACCAUUAAAAUAAACCCAUAGCUGAAUCCAAACCUUUAAUUUAGCCAAAACUUUUACCUUAAUCAUAUCUUUUACCAGACUCGCUAAUAAAUAAGAGAUGUGGUUAGUAAGUAGUGAAGCUGCCAGGAGAAAGGAUUCCGAUUGGAAUUUUCUGAGAAUUGACUGUACUUUACACAGUAAUGAGCCAGUUCAUUGUUUCUGUGUCUUAGCACAAAGGGAAUAGUACCCAACUGGCCAAGAACUGGCCCUUCGUAUUUCCUCCUUUCUCGCAUGUGAUAUGUAAGUUUUCAGGCUCCUUUUAUGGCCUCUGUAUCCCUAUAGAGUUUGUCAUUGACUUAACAUUGGAAAGAAAUGCAAACCAGUAUAAAAUAUUUGAUGCUGGUAGAAACUAGAACUUUGUGUUUUCAUGAGAAUUCAUUUAUAAGCAUAUGUAAUAUAACUAAAAAGAAUGUUUAUAUAUAUAUACAUACUUGUUAUGAAGUAUUAACAAUGGGAGGGUGUUAGAAUUUUGAUGGCUAACUUUUCCUUCGUUGAACUGUGUUUCCUUGAUCUGUGCAUGCCCAAGUCUGGAGUCCAGGUGACCAAUGAUGAGAUGUGGAAACACUUGAAUGGAAAGUGACUCUUCACUGGUUUUAUUUCUGGUAUUUUUAAAGACUUAUUUUGAUAAUUUUAAUAGAGUGUGUAACUUUAAAACACAUGCAAGAAAAACUUUAAAGUAGUAUUGAUUACACAGAUAAUUAUUUAACAUGCCUUUUAUGGAUGUAAUCUAUAUGUAUAUAGAUAGUAAUAUAUUUAUAAAACAAAUACA